AUGGCCACCGUCGACGACUACCCCAUCUACCCCGACCUCAAGGGCAAGGUCGCCCUCGUCCUCGGCAUCGGCCAGGCCCGCAUCCCGGGCGCCACCAACACCCCCACCCCCAGCAGCUGGGGCAACGGCGCCGCCAUUGCCUGGAUGCUCGCGCACAACGGCGUGGCGCUGUACGGGUGCGACAUUGACCUGGCCGCCGCGCAGCACACCGCCGAACGCGUCCGCGCGGCGUUCCCCGCGGCGGUGGUGGCCGUCCGGCGGGCGGACGUGACGAGCGCCGAGGACGUGCAGCGCCUGGUGGCGGCCUGCCUGGCCGCGCACGGCCGCAUCGACAUCCUGGUCAACAACGUCGGGGCCACGGCCGCGGGCGACCCGGCGACCAUGGACGAAGCCGUGUGGGACGCGCAGAUCAGCCUCAACCUCAAGAGCGUCUACCUCGGCAUGCGCGCCGUGCUGCCGCACAUGGAGACGCAGAGCGGCGGCGGCGCCAUUGUCAACAAUGCGUCGAUUGCCGGGCUCCAGUUCCUGGGGAAGCCGCAGGUCGCGUACAACGCGGCCAAGGCGGCCGUGAUCCACUUGACUCGCGUGACGGGCUGCCUCUACGCGAACAGGGGCGUGCGGGUCAAUGCCAUUGCCCCCGGGCUCAUGUUUACGCCGCUGGUCGAGCGCAUGGUCGCGAGCAGCGACCCGGCCGAGCAGCAGACGUUUGCCAAGAUUACACAGCACAAUGUGCCCAUGGGCCGCAUGGGCAGCGCGUGGGACGUGGCGACGGCGGCCGUGUUUCUGGCGAGCGAGCGGGCGGCGGGCUACAUUACGUCGCAGACGCUGGUGGUGGACGGCGGCUUGACGAGCUCGACAGGGACGGGAUUUGAGCAGUGA